UGAUUUUGAACCCGGGCUGGCUGAUAUUAAAUGCGUCAUGUCUUGCGAAUGCCUACGGCAGCCAAUUGUUGCCUAGGUGAAUGCGGCAUAUCUCUCGUGGGCAUCACAUCUCUUCAAAGAACAACUUACAGUCUUACCUUACACGCAAAAGAAGAAGAUCCGAUCGUGAGAGCAUACCAAGAGAAUGUUGUGUACUGCAGACGAUCAUAGCGGCAAAGCGGCUUGGUUGCCAUGGUUACCCAAAUGACGUUGCAUUAACGGUAUCGAGUCAAAGGCUGUUGUCGUCUUCUUCAAACCAGUCGGAGGUUCGUUCUAAGCCGGUAAAAUCUAUCAUUAGCGUCUUCUCACGCAUUUGGAAUAGACGAGCUUUGACGAGUUUGAGUUGCAACGCGCCGUAAACGUAGCUAUAGCUUUACGUGGAUGGAGCUUAGCUAUAUAGCUUUGUUUGAACGGGCAAUACAAGAUGCAUUUGAUGUCUUCAACUGUCAGUAGAUUACACCAAUAAUGUCGCAGUAUCCAGGCACCAGCUAUGUACAAGACUCAAGCACCGUGGCUACGAAUGUGAACAUGACUAUCCUGUGGGAUGAUGGAGAGGACAUCGGCAAAUAUGGACCGAUGACUCGACUGGUCGUCUUGGUGACCGUUCUGUCGGUGGUCAUCGUUGGAGGAAUGGUCUUGGUGUCUUUCAAUCUCUUUCUCAGAACCGAGCCCUACGGCAUCCGCCACAUCAGCGGGAACGACGAACACAACGAGCGCUACAGCACACAGAUGUCUCACACCGGCGACUCGCUCCUCUACGGGCGCAGCGAUAUGAUGGACUUCAGCGAGCUGCCAUGAGUCGAGUUUGGCCUAGCC